CUAUGGGAUACACCAUUCUUCCACAAAUAGUUCCAGGUUUCUUUUUUGAGUCGUUCCAAAAAAUAGUUUUUAUUUUCUCUUUUGAAAAGUUUUGUAUGGCUCACGUUCAUUUACUUUUUGUUACACAACUACAAUCAUACAUUUCCGCUUUAUUCUCAAUUUCUUAAACUUCGAUCUAAGUCAAUGCGGGAACUAUUUUAUGGGACGGAGGGAGUAUUACAUUAAUAAAAAAUACAUUAAUCAAUGAACAAAAUACUGGCCCAAUGUUGUUUAAACAGGAUUUCUUAUUCAGUUUAGCAGCACAUCCCACAAUCACACACCACACAACAAUGGCACAAAACACAAUUGGAAGGUGGUCACAGGCUCGCAGAUCAAGGAUGUUCCUUAACAUAGAGGUGCUUAUAUACAUUUCACGGUGUGUUUUUAUUUCAUAAAAUGUAUACGUAGUACAAGUGCUUGUUAUGAAAAAUCUAAGACAAUUUAAAUUGCUUAAACAACUAAUGUGAAAUAAAUGUUAUACUUUCCUAGUACAUAGCUGCUUAAGUUGUGACAAAAAACUGGAUUAAUGGUUUUGAAUUUUUUGCAAUACGAUCAAGCUCGACGACUAUAUGUUAUAAAACAAGCCACAUUAUUAUCGUCUCUUCCUGAAUCCUUUCAUUUUCUCAUUGAAUAAAUAAGAGCAUCACCAAUGGUGCUAUGUCCACAUUAAAAAACACUGCUGCAUCACCCAUGUUGACAUUGUUUUUUAUAUUUAUGUCUCCAAUGCUUUGUAUCCGUAGUAAUGUAAUGCUUAUGUGUGAAAAUUAGAUGUGGACAAUGUUGUCAAAAAUGUCUUUGUAUAACAGCGUGUUUAACAGUCUGACUCACCAAUUGGAGCAGUUUUCAUGAGCAUUAGAAUUUUAAUAUGGUAAUUUUAAUUUAAUUUAAAAACAAAAAGCUUAUACGUAAAAUUUAUACGAGUUGUUAACACUACCCAUUGGAGCAGUUUUUUGGGUUCGACUAUUUAUUUACAUAGCUAUGAAUUGACAUGGAACAACAUUCCAUUUAUUGAUUGACAAGUGUUAAAAUUUAUUUCAUGUUAACAAUGUAGCAUUAAAGAUGCUCUAAGUAUCUUUGGGCCAAACUGGAUAGAGUCCUUAUGAACUCUCUUUGGUCUGCCAACAACAUUACUUGUAACACUCACUUCUUUGAAAUGGAAGUUGAUUGUGAUCAUUGUGCCUCCUUGGUUACCAUUGGCCAUAACAUGCGUGUUGGAUCUAGGCCUUUCAAGUUUUUCAAUAUGUGGCUUAAGCAUGAAGUCUUCACUAAUAUUUUGACUAAUCAUUGGUUUCAAGACUUACAUGGCACUCCUCAAUUUAGGCUUGCCUGCAAGCUUAAAAGACUUAAAGGACCUUUGAAAGAGCUUAAUUACAAUGCCUUUGGGCAUAUCUCCGAAAAGGCCAAGGCUGCCAAUAUUGAAUAUAAAAGAGUUCAUGCUCUUUUACUCCUUUCCCCUCUUGAUGAGGACAUUAAGAAUGAAGUUGCUUUGGCCAAGAAGAGUGCUCUUUACUUAAAGAAAGUCGAAGAGGAUUUCUUUAGGAAAAAAGCUAAAGCUAAUCACUUAUUCCAAAGUGACCGUGGUACUAAAUACUUCCACUCUAUUGUCAGAAAGAAUGUGGUUAAAAACUCCAUUAUGUCUAUUAAGUUAGCAAAUGGAUAUCCUACCACUUCUUUGGACCAAGUUGGUUGUGAAUUUGUUAGCUUCUAUACGGAUCUUUUUGGCUCUUCCGACCCUAAUGUGGAGAUUGAUCCUGACAUUAUCCUUUCUGGUAAAUGUAUAGAUAGCUCCAAAGCUACUGAAGUCAUAGCCCCGAUCUCUGACAUUGAAAUUAAAAACGUCCUCUUUGACAUAGGAGAUAAUAAAUCUCCUGGGCCGGAUGGCUAUACUUCUGCCUUUUUUAAGCAUAAUUGGGACAUUGUUGGCCAUGAUGUCAUUUUGGCUGUUAGGGGCUUCUUUAAUUCUGGCAAGCUGUUAAAACAAACCAACCAUACGGUUGUUGCUCUUAUACCUAAGACUUCUCAUGACCCAAGUGCGGCUGAUUUCAGGCCGAUCUCUUGCACUAAUGUCAUCUAUAAGGUUAUUACUAAAAUCAUUGCUUCUAGGAUGAUUCCUUGUUUACCUGAGCUUAUUGAUCCCUCUCAAGGGGCUUUCAUUGAUGGGAGACUUAUGCUUGAUAAUGUUUUCAUUGCUCAAGAGCUUGUCAAAGGCUAUACUAGGAAGCGUAUGUCUCCUAGAUCUAUGAUCAAGGUUGACCUUAGGAAAGCCUACGACACUAUUUCUUGGGAUUUCCUUAAGAGUGUUUUGCUUACUAUUGGUUUUCCUACCAGAUUUGUUCAGUGGAUUAUGGAAUGUGUUUCCACUUCUUCUUAUUCUAUUUCCAUUAAUGGGAUACUUCAUGGACAUAUCAAAGGUAAGAGGGGGCUCCGGCAAGGUGACCCUAUGUCACCUCUCCUCUUUGUUGUCUGCCUUGAAUAUUUCUCUAGAUUGCUUCAUAUGAGAAACAAAGUCUCUUCGUUUAAGUUCCACCCCAAGUGUGGUAAACUUAAUAUCUCCCAUGUUGCUUAUGCUGAUGAUCGCAUGCUCUUUUCUAGAGGGGAUUACCCCUCUAUUAAAGUUCUCAUUGAUGCUCUUGAGCAGUUUGGUACUGUCUCUGGGCUUAGAGUUAAUUUUGAUAAGUCAAACAUUUUUCUUGGGGGUCUUGUUGAUCAUGACCUUGCUCAUAUCCUUGACUUAAUUGAUUUCAAAGAGGGGACUUUCCCUGUUAGAUAUGUGGGCAUCCCCUUAGCACCGCUUAAGAUUGCGGUGGCGCAAUAUGCUCCACUUUUGGAGUCUAUUACUAACUUCAUUACUGCUUGGAACACCAAGUCCCUUUUCUAUGCUGGGAGAGUUAAACUCAUUAAAUCUGUGAUACAGGGAGUUCACUCAUUCUGGCUUCAAGCACUCCCUAUCCCUAAGACUGUUUUGGACAGAAUCACUUCUAUUUGUCGUAUUUUCCUUUGGGGGUGCAAAUUUGCUAGAGUGGCGUGGGCUGAUAUCUGCCUCCCUAAAGAGGAAGGUGGGCUUGGCAUACAUGACAACCGUGUUUGGAACUCGGCUCUUUUAGCUAAGACCCUUUGGAAUAUUCAUAUUAAAAAGGAUAACCUUUGGGUUAGAUGGAUACAUGGUGUUUAUCUUAAUGGAAAAGGUGUUUGGGAGUUUACACCUCACAAAAGAGACUCACAACUGAUUAAAAAGAUUGCCCGGAUUCGUGAUCAAAUCUUGAGCCAUUUUGCUAACAUCCAUGAUGCGGUUACUUUUCUCAAUGGUUGCCAAAUUAAUGGCAAGCUGUCCUCGGCUAAAGUCUAUAAUCUCCUUGGAAUGAAGGUGGGUACUCAUAUGUGGAUGUCUUUCAUUUGGAAGAACUAUAUCCCCCCUAAGUUCUCUUUUACGGUUUGGUUGGCUUUCCGUAACCGGCUUGCCACUUUUGACAAUUUACAUAGGUUGGAUGUGGUUAAUAUUUGCCCAUUGUGUAAUGGUGGUCCGGAAACGGUACCAUACCUAUUUUUUGCUUGUUCUUUUGCAGGUAAUGUUUGGCAUAAAGUGAGGACUUGGCUGGAUAUUCCAAGGGAGAUGGGAACCUUACAUAGCGCCAUGAAGUGGAUCAAGAGGAAGAGGCAAGGAGCGGGAGUAAAGGCUAAAGCGGCUAGGAUUGCUUUCUGCUACUCCAUCUAUUGGAUUUGGAGAACCCGAGAUGCUACUUGUUUUGAUGGCCUUGUUCCCAAAGAAGAUGAUGUUUUUGCUAAGAUUCAGCAUAUUGUUUAUAAGCUCUUAUAUAGGCUAUAUCCAUAUGAACUUGUCCAUAUUUGAUGCGCUACGUUUUUUACCAUCACGUCUUGGUGAUUGGACUUUGUAAGCUGCAUGUUUUUUUGGUUUUUUGGUGCCUCACCCUCCUGUUUUUGGGUGCUGGCCGUGGGCUUUUGUGCUGUCUGGGAGAGGUUAUCCUUGUUGGAUAACCUUGCAUUUUUGCUCUCUUUUACUUGUACAUUCUUCCACCCCUUCUUUUCUUAGUUGUGUUUUAAUAUGCUUACCGUUCACUCAAAAAAAAGAUGUUCUAAGUACUUUAAUAUCA